UCGAGAUAACUACUAGUAUACCUACUACUAACUACCUAUUAUAUAAGAGAGACGUCUUCUACUACUAUCAACUUUAAAAAGAGAUAAGAUUAUCUUCUAAAGGGGUUUCUACGCUCCUUCAUUAUGUCGUCAGCAUACCCCCCUAAUAAUCUUCGCGCGCACUCGCGCUUCAUCACCACGCAUGACGCCUCUGGGAAAGCAGUAUUCAGCGACGCCGUACCAGAACAGGCGCCUGUUCGCCAGGUCCUAGGCGGGGACAUGUUAUUCAGCCUCAUGUACACAACAGAGGGCUUCCCCGUGUCCAUGGCCGAAGGCAAAGACAUAAAAACAUACCAAAACUACUUGACCAACACGCCAGCCAUCAGUAUCCCAGGCGGAACCGCGUGUCGGACGGUGGACUUUCCACCCGACUACACGUCGCCGAUGCACCGCACCCCGUCUUGCGACUUCGGCGUCGUGUUAGAGGGCGAAGUCGAGCUGGUGCUGGACUCGGGUGAGACUAGGCUGCUGAAAAGAGGGGACGUGGCCGUACAGCGUGGGACGAAUCAUGCGUGGCAUAAUACUAGUAAGGACGGUUGGGCUAGGAUGUUGUAUGUGCUGCAGUCGGCGGAGAAGGUGGUUGCGGGAGGCAAGACAUUGGAGGAGGACGAGGGAGGAAUUGAUUAAGUUAUUUAAAUUUGAUCAUUAAUAGGUAGGUAGAUAUAUGUAUACGAAUCAUAGAGGCGUUUGGCUCAAUGCUAAGCUACCACUUACGAGGGAAACGAAUAGGCAUUCAAGACCUUAGAUCAAGCAAUACAUAAUACCCUUUUAUAAA